AUGGCAUCUCUUGGCACAAAGAUCGCCGUCUGGCUUUGGGGCGCCGACGUCGACGGUCGCAGGUUGCUCACCAGGCUCGAUUUUACGCUCCUGCCGUACUUCUCGCUGAUCUGGUUUCUGUUUGGAGUCACUCGCGCGAGUUACUCGUCUGCCUACAUUAGCGGCAUGCAAGAGGCCCUCCAUUUCGAGGGCAAGGACUACAAUUACAUGAACACCGCCUAUCUGGUCGUGUAUGCCGUGUGCCAGAUGCCGGGGACAAGUCUCUUGACAAUCGCACGCCCGAAAUAUGUCUUUGUUGCGGCAAAUGUGACCUGGAGCGUGUUGACGUUGAUCACGUACAAGACGAAUCGUGCGUGGCAGGUUAUUUUAUUGAAUGCGAUUGAAGGAGGCUUUUCUGCUAUUGCCUAUGUCGGUGCGCAAUUCAUUCUUGCAUCGUGGUAUAAGAAUUCCGAGCUGGGCACUCGCGCCGCCGUGUUUUGCGUCUUCGGCCAGUUUGGCAGCAUGGCUGGUGGCUGGAUCCAGGCUGGGCUCUUGACGACGCUGGCAGGAAAAGACGGCCUUCCGGCUUGGAAAUGGAUCUUUAUCAUUGUAUCUGUGAUGACUAUUCCGGUGGCCUUGUUCGGAUGGAUCUUUAUUCCCGAUCUCCCGGCACAUAGAACAGCCUGGUAUCUCACAGAAGAGCAGAAAGACCAUGCAAUCAGAAGACUGGGAGUCGGACGUAGGGAGAAGUGGGAUUCAACUGUCUUCAAGCGGGUUCUUUUGAGCUGGCAGUUUUACCUACUGCCGCUCAUUUUCAUGUUGUACUCGCUGUGCGUUCAAAUGCUGCAAAACAACGUCAUGGCCCUCUGGAUGGCCUCCCGGGGCUACACAACCGUCCAGCAGAACAACUACCCAACGGGCAUUUACGCGACGGCGAUCGUUGGCACGGUUUUCUAUGCGGUCAUCUCCGACAAGAUCAAGUCUCGCUGGGAAGUCUCAAUUGCCAUUGGCGUGACAUUCAUCAUCGGCUCUGCCAUUCUGGUCGGUGUAGACACCGAUUCCUCAGAUGCCGCCCACUUCUUUGCCUUUUACUUACUCGGUACGACAUUUGCGCCUCAAGCUGUCUGGUAUUCAUGGAUGGCGGAUGUAACAAGCCAUGAUCUUCAACUACGCGCGAUUACAACGGGAUUCAUGAAUUCCUUUGACUUUGCGUUUGUGACCUGGUGGCCCCUCAUCUUUUACCCGGUAACCGAUGCCCCGAAUUAUGAGAAAGGGUACAUUGCGAGUUUGGUAACCGGAGCACUGACAUUACCUCUGGUUUGGGUCAUUACAUACUUGCAGAGAAGGGACACGGUAAGAGGCGUUAUUGGGAGGAUUAUCGAGGAUGACAGCAGUGAUAGCACCCAGGGUGAUGGUGUUAGCGGCAAGCCCAAUGAUGCCGGAGAGGCGGUCAAUGUGAGAUCGACAGAGGUUUGA